UUUUAAAUUUACACGCGGCUAUUGCAAGAGGAGGCGAACGGACGAAGUGGUUGCUGAUCGCUUGGAAAUUCGAAGAUCGCCGCACCAGUGUGAUUACAAACUAGCUGGUGGGAGUCUUUCUCCAGAUAUUUCUAUAAUUGCAAUAAAAGAACAGUAGCUUUCCCUCAAAACACCAUGGAGAACGCCGUGCUGAGCCUCCAGAGUUUGUAUGAGAAGAUGCGGUCGCAGGUUGAACAUCUCUCUGAAGGCGUGGAACCCAGCUUCAUUCUCAUGGCUCAGAACUUUGAAGACUGCCGCCGCAAGUGGCUGAUGGCAGAGGAGAAUCUAGAAUCCUGCAAGGAGAUUCUCACCAAAGCAGAGACUGAGAAAUCUUCCUUGGAGGUCAAACUGAAGCAUGCCCGCAACCAAGUGGACGUGGAGAUUCGGCGCCGGCAGAAGGCCGAGGCUGACUGUGACAAACUGGACCGCCAGAUCCAGUUGAUAAGGGAUCUUCUAACAAGCGAGGGCUCUUCCAACAGCAUCCAGCUGAGUGCGGAGCAGCGCUCGGCUCUGGCCUUCCUCAACACGCACGGCCAGGGAGUGGCCGCUGUGAAUACCAGCCGAAGGUUGACCACCAUAGACGAAUCGGGCUCACUCGUGUCAGAUAUCAGCUAUGACAAAACUGACGACUCUCUUGACUGGGACACGUCCACUGUGAGGCCAAUGCGACUGAGGAAGCGACAAAAGAGGCGCUCAUCAAGGCAUCAUGUGGAUGGCCCUGCAGGGGUUUCCAAAAGAACUCGAUCAACAGCUGUCGUGCACGAGGGGGCCAAUGAGAGCCUGGUCACCACGACCAAAGUGACCGUCCCCGUAAACGGCGGACCUGUUGAGGCAGUUGCCACCAUCGAGACAAUUCCUUACUGGACUCGUAGCAGAAGAAACACUGCUCCCAUGGAGUGGGACUCGGAGUCCGUCACGUCCGAGGAUGUUUUCAAGCAGCCUGUCAACCCGGAGGUGGAGAAGAAAAAUGAACCCGGCACGCCGCAGAAAAGCAAAGGUGUUCGUCAGCAUGAGUUUGUCUCCAAAACGGUCAUCAAGCCAGAGUCCUGCGUGCCUUGCGGGAAAAGGAUCAAAUUUGGCAAGAUUGCCUUGAGGUGCUGCGACUGCCGCGUGGUCGCGCACCCGGAAUGUCGGGAUCGAUGCCCACUGCCGUGCAUCCCCAACAUCGGAAAUACACCUGUAAAAUUUGGGGAGGGCGUUCUUGCGGAUUACGUCCCAGACGUUUCACCAAAGAUCCCCCCUCUCGUGGUCCUCUGCAUUGGAGAAAUUGAACAGCGAGGACUGCGUGAGACUGGACUGUACCGGCUGUCCGGUGCUGAUCGCACAGUGAAGGAACUGAAAGAGAAGUUUCUACGCGGCAAAACCGUUCCUGUGCUAAGCAAGGUGGACGACAUUCACGCCAUCACCGGCCUCCUCAAGGACUUCCUUCGCAAGCUCAAGGACCCUCUCCUCACCUUUUACCUGAACCGUCAAUUCAUGGAAGCCGCCGAGGCCUCCGACGAUGACAACAGCAUUGCCUUGAUGUACCAAACUGUCAGUCUCCUGCCACAUGCUAAUAGAGACACUUUGGCAUUCUUGAUGCUCCACCUUCAGAGAGUGGCCGAGAGUUUGGACACAAAGAUGACCAUCGCUAACUUGGCGCGCGUGUUUGGUCCCACAAUCGUGGGUCAUGCUGUUCCCAACCCGGACCCCAUGACAAUCCUACAUGAUACCAAACGGCAACCAAAGGUUGUGGAACGCCUGUUGUACAUGCCAGCCAGUUACUGGGCACAGUUUGUAAAGUCCGAUAAUGAGCAGCCACGCUCUGAUCACCUGGUCAUCCAGAACUCCAACUGCUACACUCCAGAUAGAGUGACCUUGCUCGGCCCCCUGACCACUCCGGAGCAGCAGAUGAAUAAAACGCCGUCCUCCAGCUCGCUGACUCAGCGCUUCAAGUCCACGCUGACACCCAGAUUUGGGAGCAAGAGCAAGUCCGCAGCUGCACUUCCUCAAGGGAGGUUCUUUCAAUCACCACUUCUCAAGUAACCCACAUCUUUUUUUUUUUUUUUUCUUCUCUGCCCCUGCAACACUUAGUUUGUGUUUAUUGUUCCACGUCUCAAAAAGAUGGUUUACCUGUUUUCAAAAUCGCCUCUUUUUUUUUUCUCUCUUCAAAAUCAGACUGAGCGACGUUUUGUACACUUUUGAUAGAUGUGCGUGUUUUAAAUAUGGAAAGGGACUUGCAGCAACCUGCCUCAUUCUGACCACUUGGACAGUAUAGUAACUACAAGAGCUGCAUCACACAUUCUUGUCUUUACAAUAUUUAGUUUUGAUUGACACUGUUGAGUUAUUUGUCUGUUUAUUUUGGGUAUCACACUUAAGUAACAAAAUACAUUCAAAGCAGAACAUAAUCCUACUCUUUAGUAAUGUGCAAGUGUUCACCGCUGGUUUGCGAAAGUCUCUAUUUAAUCAUUUUGUUCGGUCGCUUUUCAACUCAUGUGUCACUCAGAAGUUGAAGUGUGUGUGUGCGUGCGUGUUUUUUAGGCAUUUCAUAUUCGAAGGUACACCUGCCUGUUUAGGUUAACUGCCAUUGCAUUUUGUACACUUUUAGAGAAAUGUGCUGUUUUGUGUAAUCUUUUGCUUAAAUAGUUAAAAUAUACUUUUUGGAAAAUG